AGUUAUUCAAUAUCUUCUUAAUAAUUACGAUUUAGACAUAUUAUAAUGAAAGUCAUUGGUAUUGAUCUUGGUACAUCGAAUUCGUGCGUUGCUGUGUACAGGAAAAAUCAGGUAGAAAUUAUCGACAACGACCAAGGAGAACGCGUAACUCCAUCAUGGGUGUCAUUUACAGACGAUGAGAGACUAAUUGGCAAUGUUGCCAAACAAGAAGUAUCAAGCAAUUUUGAAAGGACUUUCUUUCAGAUUAAGCGUUUAAUUGGCCGCACAUACGAUGAUCCAAUGGUGCAAGCCGACAUGAAGUUGUGGGGAUUCAAUUUGAUUGAUGAAGACAAUAAGCCCAAGAUAUCGAUUGAAUAUCGAGGCCGGCGCAAAAUAUUCGACCCGGAGGAAAUCAGUGCAAUGAUUCUCGAAUAUCUCAAAACAGCUGUCGAAGAUCGUCUUGAUGAAACAAUCACUGACGCAGUAAUAACUGUUCCUGCAUAUUUCAAUAAUACUCAACGCAACGCAACCAUAGAUGCAGGAAGAAUAGCUGGACUUAACGUUCUGCGUGUGAUCAAUGAACCGACUGCUGCUGCCAUCGCUUAUGGAUUAGAAAAAGAGACCAACGAAGAGCAGAAUAUUCUUGUCUUUGACCUGGGAGGUGGAACCUUUGACGUCACAAUUGUUAGGAUAAAAAACAAAAUAUUUGACGUCAAGGCAACAGGCGGCGAUACUCACUUAGGAGGAGAUGAUUUUGACAAUCGCAUGGUGAACCUUUUUGUCUCUGAGUUCAAUCGUAAGAAUGAUUGCGAUAUGUCUCUAAACAAACAUGGAAUAAAUCGACUACGUAUCGCCUGUGAAAAUGCAAAGAAGAACUUAUCUGUGAAGAAAAAUGCAACAGUUCAAGUAGAUGGGCUUCAUAACGGUAUCGACUUCAGAAGUUCUAUCACCAGGGCAAAGUUCGACGAGCUUAAUCGUGAUUAUUUUGAAAAAACUUUUAAAACUGUAAAAGACGCACUUACAAGUGCUGAUAUGGAUAAAAGUGAGAUAGAUAAGGUUGUGCUUGUCGGUGGAUCUACACGAAUUCCAAAUGUGCGAAAUUUGUUGCAAGAUUUUUUUGGGGAAAAGAAAAUCAGCAAAAAUAUUAAUCCAGAUGAAGCAGUCGCGUAUGGAGCAGCAGCAUUGGCUUCUAACAUAUCCAAAGAGGGACUAUCUGGGAUAAAAGAUUUAAAGAUCAGUGACGUUGUUCCGCUGUCACUUGGAUUGAGACAAAGUACAGGAGGCAUGAGCAUUGUUGUGAAACGUAAUACAAAAAUACCAACAGAAAAAUGGAAAGUCAAUCAGACAGCCCUUGAUUAUCAAACAGAAUCGAGCUUCAGCAUAUUUGAGGGCGAGCGGGCUGCUGCGAAGGAUAACCAUUUUCUUGGGAAGUUCUGGAUCAAAGGCAUACCUGCGGCUUUGCGAGGAGUUGAAAAAUUCAAGACGUGUUUUAUCGUAGAUGAAAACGGAAUUCUUACUGUGACCUCUCGCAAUGUCAGCACUGGAAAAGAAAACCAAAUCACAUUUGAUAACAGUGGAAAACUUAGUGAAAGAGAAAUUAGACGAAUGUUAGAAGAUGCCAACAGAUUCAAACAAGACGAUGCAGAAUGGAAAGAACGGCGUGAACAAGCUCACAAGCUCGAGAAUGCAGUCUACGCCGUCAAGCAUGCAGUUACCGGAGAAAUGAGUUUGAAUGUUUCGGAUAAAGACAAGAAAAAAAUAAUCAAAAUCUGCAAGAAAAUAAUCAACUGGAUGAACGAUAAUCAGAAUCCACCAAUUCAGGAUUCGCAGAGGGAAAUGGCUGACCUGGAAAAAAUAUGCAAACCCAUAUUUAAAAAAAUCCGCGAUGGUUCUGAAAUUUUGCGCAUUUUUCAGAAAUGAAUGAUGAUAAUAUCUGCAAGAAACUAUUCAUUAUGAUAUUAUCUUCGUAAUUGAAAUGUGAUACAACUACUCGUCUAAUUGUUUAUACACCGUGAUAUUGUUAUCGUUUGUAAGAAACGUGCUUUGCUAAUUUUU